AAAAUGUUUAUACUACUGUGGAGGGAGUCUCCAGCUUUCGCCACCAGUGCCUAUUUUCCUUCUUCUCUCCCCAAACUCCAAGUCCCACCAAAACUGAGUUUCAAAAGCAGAGGAGAAGAAGAUGACAGCGGCUCUAAAACUGCCUAUCAUAGACUUGUCCUCACCAGAUUCCCUCUCCUCCGCCACUUCCAUCCGUCAGGCGUGCAUAGAGUGUGGUUUCUUCUACUUAGUGAAUCAUGGUGUUGAGGAAGAGUUGCUCGGGCGAGUGUUCGAGGAGAGCAGCAAGCUGUUUUCGCUGCCAUUGGAGGACAAGUUGAAAUUGGCUCGCAAGCAACACAGAGGUUACACCCCACUCUUUUCCGAGAACCUCGAUCCCACUUCCACUUCCAAAGGUGACUCGAAAGAGAGUUAUUAUAUCGGACCGUUAGAUGACUUAACUCGGAGUAAUUUGAAUCAAUGGCCUUCAGAAGAUAUCCUACCAUCUUGGAGACCGACAAUGGAAUCCUACUAUAGAAAAGUCCUGUCUGCUGGAAAAAGAUUAAUCUCACUGAUUGCCCUGGCAUUGAACCUGGAUGAGGAGUUUUUCGAGAAAGAGGGGGCGCUGAAUAAGCCAACAGCAGUUCUUCGCCUUUUGCACUAUCCAGGUAAACUGGGAUCAACUGAUGAAGAAAUAUACGGUGCUUCUGCUCAUUCAGAUUAUGGGAUGGUCACUCUCCUUGCAUCAAAUGGAGUUCCUGGACUUCAGGCAUGCUUUUUUUUUUUAGUCAAUUGUCAAUUGGCAUUCAUUGUUAACAUUGGGGACAUGUUGGAGAGGUGGACUAAUUGUUUGUUCAGGUCAACACUGCAUAGAGUGAUGCCAGCAGGACAAGAACGCUACUCUGUGGCAUUCUUCUUAGACCCCAAUGAAGACUUUGUGGUAGAAUGUCUGAAAAGUUGUUGCAGUGAAGCAUCACCCCCAAGAUUUCCUCCCAUCCGCAGCGGGGACUACCUAAAAGAGCGACUCAGGCUUACAUAUGGCUCAUAGGACUGAAUUUAAAAGCACUGGCUUAGCUCUUCAGAUCCUAGGCUGCAUCUGGUGGUAUAUGCAAACUAAAAGGUGUCAUGAGCCCUCACUAUCUGUCUUUUGUAGUUGCAAGUACAUGAGGAUGAUAUUAUGUGAUUAUAAACGGCUUUUAGAACCAUAUAAGUUAUAACUCAAUACAAGUUGUUCCAUAAUUCUGUUUUCCAUGGAAACAAAUUACUUGGUAUUUAGAUUCUUACCCCAAAAAAAGAAACAAAGAA